AUGGCAGCGUCCAUAAGGACCAUAACCGCCGUCUCCGAGCCACCACCGUGCCUCCCCGGAAGAGAGAUUUUCCGGCCGGUCGAAUUUCUAUGUCCGGAUUCUCAGGCCCUUCGCUCCGUCCGCGUGCUACAUCCCUACUCCAAUGCCCUAGCUGAUGUGUUUCCGCAAAAAAGAUUGCUGCUAUGUCAGGAGGCAGGUCUACAAGCUGUACGGAAGAAUCGUUAUGUUAUACUAGCAAAGGACUUUGACAUGGGACAUAGAAGCAAUGUCAAGAAGCCUGAUUUUGAAUUUUACAACGUGGGGCUGCUCGCCGCCGGUUAUGCUUCUGCUCUAGCUUCUCUCACCAUGAGCCGCACCUUGAGGGAAUCUGUCAUCGGCGCCGGCCGCAGCAAUGCUCUGCUCAACCACCGCCGCGGACCCAGCCUCAACGGAGCUCCUAAUGCCAAGGAUUCUGCCGACGAUCAUUUGGAUCUCUUCUCCAAGAGCCGCCGCAGCCUAUCCGUCGCCUCCUCCGAUGAGUCGGAUGUGCCUGUGAGAUUGGGGAGACUGUCACUUGGAUCAGCUAAUCAGAGAAAGAGUGGAUUGGAGGAUUUACUGUCAUCAGCUGAAGGAGGAAAGCACGAUUAUGAUUGGCUUCUUACUCCUCCGGGAACUCCAUUGGUCUCUUCUUCGGAUGGAAAUGAAUCUUCAACAGGUCUUAUGGCUCGAAGAAGUGGUCCAUUGGUUAGAUCAGUAUCAACAACCAAAGCCUCACGGUUGUCGGUAUCUCAUUCAGAGAACAACCAUGCUUCAAGACCAACUCGAAGCAGUUCGGUGACAAGACCUUCUGUUUCUAGCUCGCAGUAUAGCACCUAUUCUAACAACAGAUCAGCCUCGAUCCUUAAUACAAGCUCUGCAUCUGUUUCGUCAUACAUGAGACCAUCCACUCCUACCAACCGCUCCUCAUCAAUUGCAAGGCCUUCGACCUCGUCACGCUCUACAACUCCUGCUAAACUCCGCCCGUCCCUCAGCACAUCUUCAGUUGAUAAACCAAGACCAUCCCAAAGCUCAAGACCGUCUACUCCUACAUCGACAAGGCCUCAAAUUUCAGCAAAUUCGAAUUCUACAGCUCCCCGGACUACUUCCAGGCCGUCAACACCCACUCGCCGGAAUUCUGCUCCAUCUUUAUCUGGUCCUUCAACUCCAGGUGGACCCCGCACCAAUGGGCGUAGUAGUGUUGCCUCGAUUUCUCGCCCGAGCUCACCUGGACCACCGCGAGUUCGGACCCCACCUCAGCCAAUCCCAAUCAUGCUCCCCGAUUUUCCACUCGACAAACCACCAAACCUUCGUACGACAUUGCCUGAUAGACCGAUAUCUGCUGGUAGGUCUAGGCCAAAAGGGAAUGGUGAGCCUCCACCCAAUAAUACUGCUGCCGUCAGGAGACAAUCGUCACCAAUAGUCAGCAGGGGAAGACUUGCAGAACCCACUGGGAAGGGCCGGAUACCUGGCAAUGGACAUCUCGCUGAUGCAACGAGAGAGCUUUCGACACGUAAACCUGUAAAGACAUCUGCUGACUCUACUGGGUUUGGCCGUACAAUUUCAAAGAAAUCUCUUGACAUGGCCAUUCGACAUAUGGAUAUAAGAAAUGGAAGCAAUGGGGUUCGUCCUCUUACUGGCUCAAAUUUGUUUCCUCAAAGCAUUCGAUCUACCAACCAGAAAACUCAACCAGGUGCAGCAGUUUCUACCAAUGGGAGUCUAUCCAACAGUGGUAAUGGUGCCAUUGCAGAAAACAUAUACCGAUUUUCUGAAAUUGGGGGUGAGGAAGACAAGUCUCAGUAUUCGGCAAAAUUGAGCAACAGUGAUAUUUAUGAAAGUUCCCGCUAUGACAUGAUUCUUCUGAAAGAGGAUAUGAAGAACUCAAAUUGGCUUCACAGCCUUGAUGAUAAAUCGGACCAAGGAUCCAUCUUUGAUCAUGGAUUUGAACUUCUUCCUGAACCAUUUGGUCCCUUAUAAUCUCAUGAAGAUCUUGGACAUCAAUUUUCAUCAAAACCAUUUCCUGUUUUUUCUUACUAAAUUCCCCUUCUUUUUUGCCACCAAAGGGUGGGACAGGAAUGUGGUAUAUUGGCUGAGCAUUUCAUUACUUUGAGAAAGUCAUGUUAUGUAGUUUGUUGUGCUCCAUACGGAAAGACUUGCCUCUAGUUGAUACUCCUCCAAGACUUGAGGUUUCGAGACUACCUAAAGAAAGUUUAAGAGGAUGAAUCAGAAGUUGUAUCUCUGGAAUAACUUUAGGGGUUUCUAGGUUUUGAGACUGCUAAAGGAAGUUCAAGAGGAUGAAUCGGAAGUUCUAUUCGCGGGAUAAUUUGGCUUUGGGGCAUAAAUUUUUUCUUCCGUCAGGGCGUUUGGUUGGUAUCAUUUUGAGAUACCAUUUUGGUAAAAGCAACAAGAACACUGCAGGACCGCAGUAAGUCAUCUAUCUGUUUUCUUCAUUCAAAGUUGUGCGCUUUAUUUGAUCAAAGAAAAGAAAAUGUUUUUUUUUUCUCUGUAAUAAUAAUGUCUUUGUAGUAUUUCAUAAAUUGUUGGGAUCAUAUAAAUCAAUCAAAAUCAAAUAUUGAUUUAGGUUUG